AUUGAGGAGGAUCACGGCGAUCACCUCAGCAAAGCCGCAGCGCCGACCGCCCGCUCUUCAACCACCAACCGUCCGUCACUAGGUAGCUACCGACUUGACAUCGCCUCACAAUCCAACAACAUCCGAAGCCAUGCGCGAAACCAGUUGCCGGUGAGGCGUAACCAUCAAACGAUCUUGACCCAACCUUGUCUGCUUCAAUCGAACCCGUGCAAACCCGCUGCCGACCCCGAAAAAAAAAUAAGAGGUGGCAAGGAGAUCGGUUGCAUGUCGGGUUCAGACAAUACAUAGUAGGUUAGGGAAUAACAGGAUAUGCGAAAAGGACCAUGGCAUCUGUUCUCGGCGAUGUGGUCGAUUUGACCAUGGAGACGUCGUCCUCCGAGGGCUGUUUGACUGCCGACGAAGUCGUGGUCGCAGCACGUCGCCCAAUCUCGCUCAAUUCGACAGAUGACGACCGUGUUCAAGCAUCGCGAUCAUUUUCAUCGGCGUCGAAGUCGCAGUUGCGUAAUGGCUUCUCCACUGCGAAGCCAGACAGGGCACGGAGCCCCUUGUCGUCGGUCGGAUCGAAGAGACGAACCCCCGAUGCGUCACCUGUUCGCAGGUCCGCACGAGCCAGCGAUGACACUCCAUCACGGGGCACCCGCUUUUCUAUCCGCGAUGAAGUACGCGACUCUCAAUCUCCUCCUCCCACCAUCAAGUCCACCACCCACCAACGACCUCCUACCCCGCAACCCUCAAUUCGACCGUCCCGAGGCCACCAGACGCCCAACAUGCAGACCCCAAAGCGGGUGAGCUGGACGGUCGACAAGAUAACAAGCGCCCUCGUCGACCUUUCGGAGCAAGUCGGCCAAGGCCAUGCGCGACUAGUCGACUAUGUGCUCGAAGAAGCUGAAAAGAAGGCUCGCCAGCCCAGCCAUUUCAGCAAGGACGAUCAUUUCGCCAGCAUGCAAUCAAUAGCGCUCGACAGCACUGCUGCGCCGCCGGCGAAGAUAGAAACCAUGGGUGUGAAGUUUAAGCAACACAGCGGAGAGCAUGGAAAAUCAAGGGGCAACGGGCGCCGCGCUCUGGUCCCUGUCCUCUGUAUCAAACCCGACAAGGAACCUGUCCCGGGAUACCGGUUCCACCACGUGGAAAUCCGCAAGAACAUUCUCGCGCCGAACUCGAUGCUAAACUUCGUCCCCCAUCUUCGCGACGUCGACCCGAAUUCGGAAGAGGAACAAAAGUACAGCAAUUGGCUCAGGGACCUCGAGAGCCUCGACAACCAAUCCGGUUUCCAGCCUCAGAAUCGCGCACAGAAGCUGGCAAAGAGGGCGCAGAAUGAAUACGCAGCGACCCUUGCCCCGUACCUCGAUCCAUGGCUCCGCAAGCUGGCCAUCGACGGUUGCACAAAAUCCACGCUCAUCCGCUACAUGGCAAACCAGCCUCAGAACGAAGACGCAAUCACACCGCAGCAGAAAUCGAAUUUGCUCGACACACACAGCGAGGGCAUCGGUUCUCCUCACGCGGUGCGGGGAGCAAAGCUCUUUACCGAGGCCUUUGACCGCGUAUUCAAUGAUAAGAAGAGCUACAGGCGUGUAGCCCUGCGCGACAUUUUGAUGUUGGACAAGUCCGUGGAGCCCAUCCUGGACAACAAGAGGGCAAAGGACGGGCCAAGCUCGCAAAAGCCUCGUGAUGAGGCCUUGAUGCAAAAGACGGUGGAAUCGCUGGGGAGUUACUCUACCCUGGGGUGUCUCAUAUGCUUCAGCCACGACUGUGAGCACGGUGAAAUUGAGAGAGAUAAUCAGAAACGAUGCUUCUCGCUUGAAGAGAUCGGAGGGCUCGCCCCGACCCUCUGUAGUAAGUGGGCAGCGCAACUCGAGGCCCAGAAGACCGGCCAGGCCAACGGCGCAGUUCAAAGGCCGACGCAUCAACCUUGCAGGAACCAGUGCUACCGAAGCUAUAAUACCGGCGAUCCCGAUCAGGACGUUGAACCUUGGUCCGAAGAUGAUGUAAGCGUUCUCGAAUGGAUGUUUGCGUCCAUUGGCCAUAGCCCGACGUUGAGAGCCGAGUGCUUCGUUGGCGCCGUGCUCGGGCGCUACUGCUGGGAUGUCCACCGCAAGCUCCAGGAAUUGGACCUGACUCUGCCCCCCGUCGAGCCGCGUUCCGAGAACCUCAAGCCCCCCAAGGCGAUACCGUGGUACGACCGCAAAAAGAAGCAACUAUUGGGCGACUGGCAGGAUGCCACCAUCACCCACGAGCAUGCUGUGCGUGAACUCUUCGCGCCAUGUCACCACGACGGACCUUGUACCGCAGCGAACGGUUGCCCUUGCGCGUCGGCCGGCUCCCACCCGGUACUCUGCGAGCGAUUCUGCCUCUGCACCGCAGAGGAGUGCUCUUUGAAGUUCACCGGAUGCGCCUGCCACUCGUCUGGCAAGACAUGUAUCCAGCGACAAAAGGAAGGGAAGCCUUGCAUAUGUGUGCAACUCAACCGGGAGUGCGAUCCUAUGUUAUGUAAAGGUUGUGGCGCCAGGGAGAGGGCCGACCCGGAGAAUGCAUACGACGACCAACUGCACUCUACGGGUUGCCAGAACGUUGCCAUGCAACGUGGAGCACCGAAGGCGGUCCUACUCGGCAAGUCACAGCUCGAGGCAUGCGGCUAUGGCCUCUUCGCCGCCGAAGAUAUUGCUCAAGACGAGUUCGUCAUCGAGUAUACCGGCGAGCUUAUUAGCCACGACGAGGGCGUACGUCGCGAGCAUCGCCGAGGUGACGUCUUUGACGAAGAUAACAAGGUUUCGUACCUGUUUACCUUGCUCGAACAAGAGGGCAUCUGGGUUGAUGCUGCCAUGUAUGGCAAUCUCAGCCGUUACAUAAACCAUGCCUCCGCCAACUGCAACAUCAUGCCUAGGAUCAUGUAUGUCAACCAUGAGUUCCGGAUUAAGUUCUUGGCCAUCCGAGAUAUCAAAGCAGGCGAGGAGCUCUUUUUCAACUACGGAGACAAUUUCCCCAACCUCACCAAGAAACUCGUCGAGCGCAGUAACGAGAAAGCAGGCGAAAGCAGCGACAGAAGCGCCACGGGACAAAAGCGCAAGAACACCACUCAACGCCCCACUGCACGCAAAACAACAUCCAAGGCGAACGGCGAAGGCGUUGGUUUCGCCCCUGACGGACGUAGUGAUGAAGAGGACCCAUGGUUUGGCGGCCCACCUGUGGUAGAGGACGACGACGUAGGCGAUGACUGGUCGGACCAUGGCCGCAAACGGCGCAAAAAGCGAGGCGGCAGGCGGCCGGGUGCUGGUAGGAAGAAAAAGCAGGCCGAACCGUCUGUUCCGGCCGACGCUGGCGACGAGGUCAGCCCGGGCUCGCAGCUCCGCACCGAGAGCAACAGCAUCCAAGGCGAGAGUGCUCACCCCGCCACGCCUACCCGCCGCCGGGUCCUGAAACGCUCCUAUUCGGCCAUGCUCAACCCGGGUCAGAGCUUUUCGGGGUCCGACGCCGGGUCUGCGACGCCCGCAGAGCCCAUCAAGAAAGUGUCCAAGCGCGGUGGCGCCCGGCCCGGCGCUGGUCGUAAGCCGAAACAUCGCCCACCGGGUGCGCACAAGCCAGGCCACAAAACAUCUGCCCAUGCGAGUCAGAGCAGCCUCAGCAGCCUCAACGAUGACGCGGACAAGUUGACCCCUAAGAGGGGCCAAGCAUCCAGGUCGACACCGAAGAGGGCAGAAAAGAACGUCCUGUCUACGCCCAAGAACGAUUCCCGUAGCAAGGUCUCCGGCUCGGGGGCAGGCCGGAGGCGCAGAGGCGCCGAGGCCGAGGCAGAAGACGCGAACACCAGCGGCAGCGUCGCAGACACUCCGGGAUUAUACAGUCAGAACAUGUUCCGACCGAUGAGUGACUCGGCUUCGGUAGCAGGGAGCAGAGGGAGCAGAGGGAGCACGCGGGGCAGCCGAGGGGACACGGCGGAAGAUGACGACGAUGACGUGGUGGACCGAUCGGCUAGGAAAAGACAGAAGCCACUGCGGUAUAGGGACGAAAAGGAGUAGGCCUUCUGAUCAUCCUUGCAGGCGGCGGAUGCAUGGGUUUUUCGGUUCUUGGUGAAGGUGCUUUUGGUGUUUCUCGGUUGCUCGGUUUCAUCGGUUGCUUGUGCGGUUAGCGGGCGUGGGUGGACAAGUCUUGUCUAUAAUAGAAAAGUAGACGGUAAAGAGCAUAUCUCAUCCACUGC